CAUAAAGCAUUUUUUCAAAAAAAUUUACUUCCUACUGUUAUUUUGAAAUUUUUACAUUGUUAAAAUAAUCUUUUUUUAUGACGACAUUGCAAACAAGGCGUUGUUAUUGAUGCUUCUUACCUGACGGCAAACGUUAUAGAAAUACACUUGUUGAAAUACCUAUUGGAGACUGUGAUCGGAGAUCAGUGGUUUAUCUGGUGUAUAUAUUAACAACGUUAAGAAAAUUAUAUUGCGUCAGACGUUAAUUUUCAUUGCCGAAAGUUUGUCUACGUCUGGAAGACAUUUGCGAUUCGAGAUUUAGUUAAAAAUUCCUGUUUUAAAUGGCGUUGACAUCAGCUGAGAUGAAACAAUACCGUGAAACUAUGUUGAAAGAAUUGGAAUUGGAAAAAUAUAAAGAAGAAAAAUUUAUGAAGGUUUUUAAAGAGGCAGCUGAUUUAAUGUUGAAACAUUAUGCAAAGAAUGUUUCUGAUUUUAUACCGAAAUCAAAAAAAUAUCUUUUAUUUUCUGAAACAUUUAAAAAAUAUAAUAAAAUAUUGUUGAAUGAAACUGAUGAAUAUAGAUCAUCGAAGAAAAAAGAAAAUGCGUUAAAACGUGAUGUGCAAAAUUGUUAUGAAGAGCAUGUGUUGGAAGAAGAUAGUAGAGAAGACUUUAAAAGAAGACGUUUGGAAGAAGAAAGAAAUACAGCGAUUAAUGUUUCACCAGAUGUUCAUGAAGCUGAUGCGCCUGUCGAAACUGUAAGUAUUGUAGUAAGUACUUCGGAUAUUGAGACUAAAAAUUUUUUGGAAAAAUGUUAUGAGAACAGGGAAAAAAUUGAAGAAUACUUUAAGAAUGUUGAAUUUUAUGAUAAAUGUUUAAAUAAGAAAGAAAUGAUAAAUUGUAUGUUUGAGGAAAAGGGCUUAUAACAAAUUUGUCAUCGUAGAAUAUAAUAAAGCUGUAUUAGUGUUGUAUCAUAGCACUCAAUAAACAGAAGCGACACUCCUUUGAAGUUUUUAGUCACGCCGACAAUCACCGGAAGUGAGCACCGCCAUGUUCUUUGGUAGUAAAGUGGGAUACUUAUAAACAAUAUGACAAAAAGUGGAUAGUCAUGUUUAAAAAUGCUUUAA